UUGGGGACGAGCGGCGGCGGCACGGGGCAUGAAGUUGGGUGCGCGCGGGUCUCGGAGCGGAGGCGCGGCACAGUCGGGAGCCGCCCGGGUCUAGAGCCCGCUCGGUGCGCCAUGGAGCUCGGGGGCCCCGGGGCGCCGCCGCCGCUGCUGCUACUGCCGCUACUGCUGCUCUUAGGGGCCGGCCUCUUGCCUGCUAGCAGCCACAUAGAGACCCGGGCCCAUGCGGAGGAGCGGCUCCUGAAGAGACUCUUCUCUGGCUACAACAAGUGGUCCCGGCCAGUAGCCAAUAUCUCAGAUGUGGUCCUUGUCCGCUUUGGCUUGUCCAUUGCUCAGCUCAUUGAUGUGGAUGAGAAGAACCAGAUGAUGACGACAAAUGUGUGGGUGAAGCAGGAGUGGCAUGACUACAAGCUACGCUGGGACCCUGGUGACUACGAGAAUGUUACCUCCAUCCGCAUCCCCUCUGAGCUCAUCUGGAGGCCCGACAUCGUCCUCUACAACAAUGCGGACGGGGACUUUGCAGUCACCCACCUGACCAAAGCCCACCUGUUCUAUGAUGGGCGGGUACAGUGGACACCCCCGGCCAUCUAUAAGAGCUCCUGCAGCAUUGAUGUCACCUUCUUCCCCUUCGACCAGCAGAACUGCACCAUGAAGUUCGGGUCCUGGACCUAUGACAAGGCCAAGAUUGACUUGGUGAGCAUGCACAGCCGCGUGGACCAGCUGGACUUCUGGGAAAGUGGGGAGUGGGUCAUUGUGGAUGCCGUGGGCACCUACAACACCAGGAAGUACGAAUGCUGCGCGGAGGUCUACCCUGACAUCACCUAUGCCUUCAUCAUCCGCCGGCUGCCACUGUUCUACACCAUCAACCUCAUCAUCCCGUGCCUGCUCAUCUCCUGCCUCACCGUGCUGGUCUUCUACCUUCCGUCCGAGUGCGGUGAGAAGGUCACACUGUGCAUCUCGGUGCUGCUCUCGCUCACCGUCUUCCUGCUGCUCAUCACCGAGAUCAUCCCUUCCACCUCGCUGGUCAUCCCACUCAUCGGCGAGUACCUGCUCUUCACCAUGAUCUUUGUCACCCUCUCCAUUGUCAUCACGGUCUUUGUGCUCAACGUCCACCACCGCUCACCACGCACGCAUACCAUGCCUGCCUGGGUGCGCAGGGUCUUCCUGGACAUCGUGCCUCGCCUCCUCUUCAUGAAGCGCCCGUCCGUGGUCAAGGACAACUGCCGGAGACUUAUCGAGUCCAUGCACAAGAUGGCCAAUGCCCCCCGUUUCUGGCCAGAGCCUGAGAAUGAGCCUGGCAUCUUGAGUGACAUCUGCAACCAAGGCCUGCCACCUGCCCCGUCUUUCUGCAACCCCAUGGACACACCAGUGGAGACCCAGCCUGCAUGCAAGUCACCCUCCCACAAGGUCCCUGAUUUGCAGACAACAGAGGUUGAGAAGUCCAGUCCCUGUCCAUCACCUGGCCCCUGUCACCCACCCAACAGUACUGGGGUGCCAAUACUCACCAAAGCCAGGUCCCUGAGUGUCCAGCAUGUGCCCAGCUCCCAAGAAGCAGUAGAGGGUGGUAUCCGCUGCCGGUCUCGGAGUAUCCAGUACUGUGUGUCCCGAGAUGGGGCUGCCUCCCUGGCUGACAGCCAGCCAACUGGCUCCCCAGCCUCCCUGAAGGCCCGUCCAUCCCAGCUCCCACCGUCAGACAAGGCUUCUCCAUGCAAAUGCACCUGUAAGGAACCAUCUCCUGUGUCCCCAGUCACUGUGCUCAAGGCCCGAGGUACCAAAGCACCUCCCCAGCACCUGCCCCUGUCACCAGCCCUGACUCGGGCAGUAGAGGGUGUUCAGUACAUUGCCGACCACCUCAAGGCAGAAGACACAGAUUUUUCGGUGAAAGAGGACUGGAAGUACGUGGCCAUGGUCAUUGACCGAAUCUUCCUCUGGAUGUUCAUCAUUGUCUGCCUACUGGGCACUGUGGGCCUCUUCCUGCCUCCCUGGUUGGCUGGUAUGAUCUAGGGACUUGGCAGAGGACAGGCCUGCUUGGUCCAGCUCCAGGACUCUGUAGGACCAUGCUACUUGUCAGUUAUUCCUAACUUCCAAACCUACUGUGAGACACCUAGGAGAGAGAUGCUGCUUCUUGGGAGCUGGAAGAUGGCCCUGAUUCUAGUCAGGCCAUGGACCUGGUUGGGGAUAAAUGAGGGCUGAUACAGUUGCAGGCCGAGUCCCCCCCCUCCCAUUAAAGUUUCUCCACAGCAAGUGACAGUCAUCCCCUGGCCUACAGACAGCAUACACCCAGCUGUGUCUUAGAGAAUGACCCAGUGUUGGUCUCUGUUGUCCUAUGAGGCCACAAGAAUCCAUCCCCUUCAGCACCAAGAGCCCCCCAUCCAGUGGGAAUCAUCAGACUCAGGAAACUCCCACUGUGCCUCUGCUGGCCAACCCCCUCCCCUACCGUGACAGGCUCCCUCAACCCUCCAGGCUGGCCUGCUCUCUGACUCGUAGGUGGUUCUUUUUUGUUUAGAUUGAGGUGAAUUGGGAAAAAGCAGAGCACUGUGCUAUGUGGGUGGGUCCUAGAACUAGAGCUAGUGUAGGCCCUCACAGCGAGACUGAAGGUGCCAUGGGAGCCCUGCAUCCACCUCAGGGUCACAGGGCUCUGUGGUGAGCACUUCCUAGGGACGAGAAACCCCAGGAGGGCAAGAGCAUUGGGAGUCUCAGGGUUGUGAUGGUGCCAAAUUAUGUCCAGGUCCUUGGGCUGUAGUCCCCUCAUGGAUCUUUCUUGAUAUCUCUGUAUGUUUCUGUAUACCUCUCUGGGAUUAAAAGACUGAAGGUAAGACUUCUCA